AUGGAGAAAUUGGGGUUGGCAGUGUUAACCGCAGCCAGAAAGCCGAGGCCUUAUUUUGAUGCACAUGGAAUUGAAGUCCUCACGAAUUUCCCUCUCGAAAGAGCCAUGCAGAAAAUGGACACGUCGGGUAAGCUCUUGAAGUGGGCAAUUGAGCUAUCAGAAUUUCACAUGGAAUAUCGGCCUCAUACAUCCAUCAAGGCACAACCUCUGUCGGACUUUAUUAUUGAAACUUCCUACCAUGAGGAAGAGGUGGAAGAAGAAAAAUGGGAAGUAGCAGUGGACGGCUCUGUUACCAGGCUAGGGUCAGGAGCUGGGGUCAUAAUAACCACGCCGGAAGGAAAUACAUUCGAGUACGCCAUAAAAUUCUCUUUCCAUGCAUCAAACAACGAAGCAGAGUAUGAAGCCGCAAUCGCAGGCGUGCAAAUAUGUGGGGCGGCUGGGGCCAUCAAGAUUAUUUUGACCACCGAUUCGCAGUUAGUCGCUAACCAGUUCUCGGGGGAGUACGAAGCAAAGGAAGAGUCCAUGAAAAGGUACGCCGAGAAGUUAAAGCAGACAGUAGCACAGUUAGAAAGCUUCGAAAUAAAAUUAGUUCCCCGAUCGGAGAACGUAUUGGCAGAAUCUCUGUCAAAGCUGGCCAGCUCAAGCGCUUUGACAAAAUCUGUGAUGGUCGAGGUCAUGCAUCGAAGGAGUACUGAGGUCGGUGGAAAAGAAAUCAUGGUAGUAACGAAUAACCCUGAAUGGUAUGACACAAUGUGGGCGUAUAAGAGAGACGGAUCAUUACCAGCAGACAAGAUGGAGGCAAGGAAAGUGACAAGAAACUCAUGCUGCUUACCGUUAAUGAGGUGCAUAUCGGCAUAUGAAUCGGCACGGCUGAUAGAAGAAAUACAUGAGGGAACCUGUGGGAAUCAUCUGGGAGGAAAAACCCUUGCACUGAUAUGCCAGCGCCAGGGAUACUACUGGCCAACGAUGUUAACGGAUGCGCAAGAGUAUGUUAAGAAAUGCGAAAAGUGCCAGAUGUUCUCGGCAGUCAUAAACCGUCCGGCUAAUGACCUCAUGCCAAUUCUGAAUCCAAUACCAUUCGCCCAGUGGGGAAUGGAUAUCUUGGGAUCGUUCACUACUGCGACAGGGGGAAGAAAAUUCCUGAUUGUAGCAGUGGACUACUUUACUAAGUGGAUAGAGGCAGAACCAGUGGCGAAGAUUACAGCAAACCAGGUUAAGAAGUUCAUAUGGAAGAACAUAAUCACCAUGUUCGGUUUACCAACGGCAAUCGUCAUGGACCACGGGGUGCAAUUCGAUUGCUCGCCAGUACAAAUUUUUUUGGGCUUAUACAAUGUGAAGUUCGCCUACUCUUCCGUUUGUCAUCCUCAAAGCAACGGAUAG